UGUAAAACUCACCUGGGAACAGACUAUCACCCUCCACUCCUGACACCAUGACCCACACCUGUCAGCCAUGCUGCUGCAAGGCCACCUCCUGCAGGACCACCAGCAGCUCUGAAUCCAGCUCUGAAUCCAGCUGCCCUGUGUUCAUCUGCUGUGCCCCAAGUUGGUGCAGCACACCCUGUUGUUGCAAAUCUAUCUGCUGCCACAGCACCAAGACUGUCAACAGCUGUUCCCAGCUGUGCUGUCCACCAACCUGCUGUGACACUGCCUCCUGUGACAGCAACUGCUGCAAGCCAACCUGUGUGACCAUCUGCUGCAGCACACCUUGCUGCCAGCCCAGCUGCUGCGUGCCCACCUGCUGCCAGCCUAGCCUCUUCCAGCUCUGCUGCCAACCAACUUGCUGUGAAACCAGCUGCUGCAAGACCACCUCCUUUAAACCCUCCUGUGUGAUCAUUGGCUGCAGCACACCCUGCUGCCAGUCCUGCUGUGUAUGCCCAUCUGCCGCUGAUGACCAGCUUCCAAAGGAACACCUGCAAAGCCAUGCUCCAGCAAGAGCUGGCAUGCCCUGUGUGCACAAAGCCACCUCUUAACCUUUGCUGGCCAACUUCAUGUUCUCUCCAGGGGACCUGACAAAUGUAGUCUUUCUUAAGAGAUGAAAUGCUUUGAGAAAGGAUGGAAGAGUCCCUCACCCUCUGCCUCUCAUCUCCAGAGACUGUGGAUGGUCUUUCUGGAUGGCUAAUGUGAAGGGCUGGCAUCAGCUAAAGUUCUGGGCCAGGAUCUUUACAUCUUUCAUCAAAUAAGUUCCUAGAAUGUAACUUUAUUUAUCCUGUAUUUUCUUCUGGGUUACCCCCAAUUUUGUGUACUAAUUUUCUUCUUUCUGCUUACUUCUGAUUUGUAUCACUAGAAACAAGCAAUUCAAAUAAACUCUCUGCUG